GGACUUGACGAGAGGUUUUGCAGCCACGUUACAGAGGCAGAGAUUUCCCCGUUCUUUGCUCUUUCUUUCCUAGAAUCCACGGGUCGGAGUCGAAUAAGUUGUGCGGCCCAAGAUUGUGGCAAAACGGAGGGUCUCAAGCGGUGUGCCUGGUGUAGAGCGGUCAGCUAUUGUUCUGCGCUCUGUCAAAAGUCGGACUGGAAAAGACAUAAAUUGGUUUGCAAGAAGCAGUAA